UUCGUACGUUAGUUUGGCUGUCUGAUGGCAUUUUGUUUUUCUACCCGCGCAAGACAAGAAAUGGCUGCACCGAUUAUUGAUUUUGGAGAGUGGUAUACUUGUAGGUUGUGGGGUCAUAGGUCUUUCCCAGAUGUUUCGGAAAGACGUGGCAACAUGGAUCCAUAGUGGUGGAUAGAGGGACGUCGAUGAACAUCGGUGGUGUGGUAGAAUUUAAAUAUUGG